AUGGAAAAACUGUAUCUCACCGCUGCCGAAAAGGGUGACAAGAAAGCGAUGAAAUUAGCGCUUGAGUACGCCAGAGGGCUGGACAUCAACUGCACAGACGCGUCUGGUAGAUCGGCUCUGAUUUUGGCCAUUCAAAAUGGCAGUACAGCUGUUCAUAAUAGUGGUAAUUCUGUGGUGGUUGGAAUGAUAGUUAUGAUUGUGGUACUAAUGUUGUUUGUUGGUGAUUGUCAUGAUCAUGAGAGUCUUAGUGGUCAUAAUACUGGUAGUAUUGCGAGUGAGAGUGCUGGUAGUCAAUAUAUUAUAAAACUGUUACUUGCUCACAACGUGGCACUCGGCGAUGCACUGCUUCGUGCUGUUGAUAUGCAGAUUAAACAAAUCGUUGAUUUGAUUUGCGAAUAUAUCAAAAAAAGAAAGAAGAAGUUUGUGACGCAUCCCAAUACUCAACAGUUGCUGAUUGAAAAAUGGUUCAAAGGAUUACCAAACUGGAGGGAACUAAGCGGCAUGAAAUCUUUCCUGUUCACCAUCUUAUUUGGACUAUGCUUCCCGGUAUUCUCGGUCGCUUAUACAAUCGCUCCGCAGCAUAAAUUUUCACAUUUUUUGAAGAUACCUUUCGUGAAAUUUGUCUGUAAUACUGCGUCCUCAUUUGCGUUCCUGGUUCUUCUUGGCAUGCAGACGAUAGGUAUCGACAGUGCCGUCGCUGGCGAGAAUAAGCAAAAUGAAGAGCGUUACGAAAAGUUACAACGAGAAAACCGUCCAUCCGCUCUUACAGUGCAAGAAUGGCUGAUAGUUUUCUGGAUCGUUGGAAUGACUUGGGAGGAAAUCGCAAUAGUUUUGAAAAACGGGUCACGUGUCAUCACAGACAAUUUACAGAUGAAAAUAUUGGACUAUUCCACGUUGUUGCUGUUCUGGGGGUGGAUAGGGUUACGAUUUGCACUGUCAGUUCAGGUAUUGGGAGGAACCAAAGAACCGUUGGUGGCUUCUGUGAACAACGGGACUCCUGUACUGGUCUACAUCGAUGACGGAGGCAACACUGGUGACGUCACGAUCAAAAUGUCAAAUGGAACGAUGUUGCCGGAUUACAUCACGACCGACCAAAUGCUCACACAGAUGACGCCACUUCCGUUCCAGAAAAUUGAAAUCUCGUACGCAGAUAUCAUUUCUCGCGCUUUUUUCGCCGUCGCGAAAGUAUUCAGCUUCAUGCGCCUGAUCCGAAUUACGGUGGUGAACCAGCAGGUGGGCCCGAUGCAAAUCUCGCUAGGUCGUAUGUUCCAGGAUAUUGCUAAGUUUAUGAUGAUAUUCUGUUUGGUAUGGUUGGCGUUCUCCAUUGGCUUGAAUCAGUUGUACUGGUUCCACGCCCUCAAAGCAGAACUGCAGUGUAACAUGGCGCACGUCGACGACUGUAAAGAAGUGUUCUCCACCAUGGGCACUACAAUGAACACGCUUUUCUGGGCUAUAUUUGGAGUUACAAAACUGGACAGUCUUGAGAUUUAUGGAAAUGACCGAUGGUUCGUUGAGGGCGUAGGACAGACGUUAUACGGAGCGUAUCACGUGAUUGGCAUUAUUGUGCUGCUGAAUAUACUAAUUGCUAUGAUGACAAAAACGUACACAACCAUCGAGGAAGAUGCCGACAUUCAGUGGAAGUACUCUAGAGCUGAAUUGUGGAUGAGUUAUUUCGGAGAGGGCGCUGCACUGCCACCGCCAUUCAACUUGUUGCCUAGUAGACUUGGCGUUGAGGGCCUUAUUCGUCGUUUUAAGCACGGGCUUUGUACCACUCCAGAGCACAUCAAAUUGCAACAACAAUCCAUGAUAGAAACAAAAGUUAAGGAGUACGAGGAGGUCAUUCAUGACGUAGUUCGACGAUACCAUUUUGAGAAGCAGCGUGACGAGGAAGAGGAUGUUGACCCUUGGUUGGUUCAACUAAAACAAGACAUCUCCGGAUUCAAGUACGAUAUGUUCGAAGCACUCGGUGAUAUGGACAACAAGAUCAACCACGUUCAGGCAAAGGUGGAGGACAGAGACGUGAUUGAAAGCAGCGGGCCGGGAAGCGAAAUGUUCCACCUUUUGGCGGAUGCCGUGGCGUCAGAGCCACGUGAUCGAUACGCCGACUUGCUGUUCAUUGACGAUGAAGACGAUGACGAAACCAUUUACUCUAUGUCAGAUGUCCCGUCUCCUAGUACAACUACUGCCCUCAGUGUUAGCCGCGGAACGCUGGACAACCAAAGAGUCUGA